AUGUCGACCGAAAAGCCUCUUCCCUUCGUUUAUCAGUUCGCUGCUGGUGCGAUCGCCGGUGUAUCUGAAAUUCUUAUUAUGUACCCGUUAGAUGUCGUAAAGACUAGAGUACAAUUGCAGACCAGCUCCGCGGGGCCGGAUGGCUACAAUGGCAUGGUGGAUUGCUUUAGAAAGAUCAUUAAGAAUGAAGGUGUCUCACGACUAUACCGCGGAAUCGAAGCCCCAAUUCUAAUGGAAGCUCCUAAACGUGCCACUAAAUUUGCAGCCAACGAAUCCUGGGGAAAGUUCUACCGUGAUAUAUUCGGUGUCGCCAAGAUGAACCAAUCCCUCUCCAUUCUCACCGGAGCUACUGCCGGAGCUACUGAAUCCUUCGUAGUCGUCCCCUUCGAGCUCGUUAAGAUCCGUCUGCAAGAUCGCGCCUCUGCCGGAAAAUAUAGUGGAAUGGUUGAUUGUGUUACUAAGAUUGUAAAGGCCGAGGGUCCAUUGGCUCUUUACAACGGAUUGGAAAGUACAAUGUGGAGACAUAUCUUAUGGAACGCGGGAUACUUUGGAUGUAUCUUCCAAGUCAAGGCAUUGAUGCCCAAGCCCGACAAUAAGAAGCAGGAAAUGAUGGUCAACAUGGUUUCCGGAGCAAUCGGUGGUACCACCGGUACAAUCCUCAAUACACCAAUGGAUGUCGUCAAAUCACGUAUUCAAAAUAGUCCCAAGGUUGCCGGAUUAGCACCAAAAUACAACUGGGCAUGGCCAGCUCUCGGUACGGUGAUGAAGGAGGAAGGUUUCGCAGCAUUAUACAAGGGAUUCUUACCUAAGGUUCUCAGAUUGGGACCUGGUGGAGGUAUUUUACUCGUUGUGUUCACCGGAGUAACAGAUUUCUUCAGAAAGAUGCGCGCAGAGAAGGGUCUAUAG